CAACCUUGCUGUAUGACUAUUUUAUUUAUACUUUUUUGUAGCAUAAUUUCCAUUUCUUUUAACAGAACAAGUUGAGUCUUUGUGGAAGGCUCCUGGAAAGAUUUCUAAACUGCAGGGUAAAAAUAAGCAAGAACAGAUACUGAGAAUUUCUUGGCUAAAUCCACAGGAUAGCUGAAAGUUUUAAUGAGAAAUUUUUGUGCCUCCAGUAAUCAUGGUUGCUGAUGGUACAAAAUUUCUUCUUAAGAAAUUGCCAUUAAUGUCUUUGACUCAGUGGCUGAAACCUCAUCAGAUUUGUUGUCUCAUUGCUUGGUAUGGUGCUCCAGUAGGAAACAGCAACUGCUUCCGCUAUUCUGAAAGUGUUAAUUGACUCCAUAAAUAUACAUUGAAUUCAGUUAAGUAUAAUUGGCAACAUUAUUGAGUUUUAUGUGGACUUUUUUCACUGAGAAAUUUCAGUGUUUGGUAUUUUAAUUCUUUAUUUAGCUUUUGCUGUAUUGUUUGAUUCACAGAAUUACAGAGUUGUUACAGUUGGAAGGGACCUCUGGAGAUCAUCUAGUCCAACCCAAAAAUGCUUAAAAGCUCACUGAUGAAGUGUAUCUGUAAAAGUUACGCUACGCAAAAAUUGGAGUAUAGCCUUGUGUUUAAAAUGGAAGUUGACAUAAAUGGAGAGUCCAGAACUGCCCUGUCCACUCUCCCUGUGCCUCUUGCAGAGGUGGGCUCUGCAGGCAGGACGGAAGCUGAAAAGCCCCGCUGUUCCAGUACCCCCUGCUCGCCCAUGCGGCGGACAGUUGCAGGAUACCAGAUUCUCCGCAUGGAUUCUACCUACCUGGUGGGCUUCACAACUGGAGAGGAGCUGCUGAAAUUAGCCCAGAAAUGUACGGGAGCUGAAGAGAGCAAACGAGAAUCUGGGCCAAACUUGCGCUCCAAGCAGCUGGAUCCAGGACUUGCACACUCCUCCCGUUUGUACAAAACCAGAAGUAGGUACUACCAGCCAUAUGAGAUCCCAGCAGUAAAUGGGAGGAGGAGGAGGCGGAUGCCCAGCUCAGGGGAUAAAUGCAAUAAAGCUUUACCAUAUGAACCUUACAAGGCACUUCAUGGUCCCCUGCCUCUCUGCCUUUUGAAAAGUAAAAGGGCUCAUUCAAAAUCCCUGGACUACCUCAAUUUAGACAAAAUGAGCACCAAGGAACCUGCUGACACAGAAGUGCUACAAUACCAGCUCCAACACCUCACCCUUAGAGGGGACCGUAUGUUUGCAAGGAAUAGCACAUGAGCUGUCGUCUUCAACUUAGAAAUGAUUUCUCAUCCUUUCUCUGUUGCUGCAAAAAUCCACUGCUGUACUGUAUACAUGACUGUCCACAUUGUAGGUGGUUGUAUCAGCUAAAUGUUACCAGAAAGUAAUUUAUUUGAAUAGUCUUGGCAAUGCAAUGUGUUACAAAUACUAGGAGGGAGAAAUCUUUCCUGAGCAAGAAGCUUCUGAUGCAAAUUUGACUGCAAUCAGUGGAUAUUUCUUUGGACGCUUUU